AUGGAGGAUCUUCCCAUUGAAGUCUUGCAACACAUUUGUUUUAUGAUCAAAACAGACUCCCCAGGCGAUCUUCCGCUGCUCAGAUUAAUAAACAGACUGUGGAGUGACCUAGUGGCUCCAUUUCUGUUCGAAACCCUCAGAGUAAAAUUCCGAGACUUGGCUGGGCUCCAGGCGACUGCAUCUGAGGUCGAUCAAGGCGGUUUAGGACAGAUAUUUCUCAAGUAUGCCCGUAAAUUGGAUGUGGUUUGCCUUUAUGAGCCGUAUAUCGAGACCAAAAAGGCAAAGAGCCUCUGGCAGGUUAAAGACUGGGGGAUGGAGUUUGCCGACUACAUUCCGCCAGCUCACAGGGACACGUUCCUGGAGCACCGACUCCGGGAAUCCAUCGACUCGGAGCUGGGCUUCUUGAAUUUGAGUGUUGGUUACUAUUCACAGAAGGAGUGGCAGCCGCUUGUGUCGCUGAUCGCUCGUCUUGAGCACCUAAAGGAGCUGAACUACGCGAUGGAAAAUACGUUUCCCGCACCCGUUCAUCAGGCCAUCCGCCAGUAUCAUCCCAGGUGCCGAGUAAAUAUCUGGACCUUUCAGUCCUUGAGCAUUGAUGUACCCGGCCUAGGAAGGGCUCGCCUUGGAUCCUCUUUUUCAAUGGAUGAUCCAUUUGAGAUUAGCAUCCUCCGGUCCCCAGGUCUCCAUACCUUUGCCUUGGAUUACUCCACCACAAACGAUCCCAGUGGAGGUCAAGGAUUUGUUCACCUCGACGAGCUUCUUCCGUUUGUCUGCAUGGGUCAAAACCUGAAGCGUUUAACCAUACGCGAUAUAGGUGUAUCCAUGGAUGUUUCCAUCAAGAAAAUCAAACAGGAAUGGAAAGACUUCUCAGCUGAAUUAAAGCCCGUCCCGGCAGCUUGUUUGGAGUCCCUCUCGUUGGACAUUGAUGGCCACAGACCGUCGGAGGAGGUUCUGGUGAAACUAGGGAAUCUUGUCGACCUAUCUCGGCUCCGCUCAUUGGAUAUGUCCAUUUACUCCAGCCCGAGCUUGCUAGCCCAAGCCGCUUCGCUUUUCCAUAGCUUAGAGCGACUAUUUGUUGCCAUGGACCCAUGGGCCAAAAACAAUGAAGACGUCAAUGCGGAUGAUGAGGAGAUGGUGGCCGCAGUCCUAGCUUUUGCUCCGUUGAGGUUCCUCUGUCUGCGCGGCUUACGCAGCACUUCUUCCCUCGAUCACAUCCUUCAGCACCAUGGCACAUCAUUGCACGGCCUCGCAAUUGAGGCAUCGGAGAACGGCGGACGGGUGUUAAGGUCGCCAAUGAUAUACGAUAACGGAUACAAGUACCCAGUUUUAGACAGUCAACAUAUUUCUCAGCUGGUAGACUGUUGCCCAAACUUGCAGGAACUUCGGCUCCAGAUCAAGCGCCAGGGAGGCAAUCACCGGGAGUGCAACAUAUACAGAGCACUCGGUCAAUUCACACAGCUGCAUACCUUAAUCCUGGAUUUGCAUUGCGAUCCCAGACGGUUGCCCAUCGGUCCGGAAAGUGCCAGCACUGCUUGUUUGCGAGAGACUCUGAUUAAUGCUGCGACGGAUGAAAGCCUCGUGAUGAGUAUUUGGAAUCUCAUUGCGUCAACUCAACCCAGCAAAAGACUGCGGAAGCUACGCAUCAUACCCUUCGGUGCAAACUUCUAUUCGAGGGAGGAGACGCAUGUGAUCCGGCAACUGAGUCGUUCGUUUCUUCUCACCAGGCCUGAUGUCUACAACCAAAGAAACCCGGAUGUGCGGGAGAUUGGGAAGGAAGCAUGGGAAUUGUGGCGAGAGGACGACAUUACUGAAUACGGCCGUCUACAUAUACCGGUGUGGGUCGAAGAUCUCUUGAAUGAGAUCUGGCCGUCCACUCGGGUGCAGAACAAACACUGGAGCCAGUACUGGAAGAGCUUUCAAGAGUUCUGGCCGUCCACUUGGGGGGUAGAGAAGAAACACUGGAGCCAGUACUGGAAGAGCUUCCCUUUACAGAUGGAACCUCUGUGA